AUGAUAUCGAAUCGCCUCCGCUUCCACACAGAGCUCGACGUCACAAGCGGCAGGCCUCUAAAACGUGCAAAGCAAACUUCUACUCAUAUUUCCGGCGAAUACGAUCUUCUUUCGAAGCACGGCACGGCAUUCUCCGAUAUUCAAUACUCCGCGCCCACCGACGAAUCCGAUGGGGCCCAUACCGAAUUUGCGACGGACUCGGCAUCUGUUAUUCGCUCGCUGUUCCGAACUUGCCAAAAUGAUAAGCCCGAAGGCUCGGUUGACGUACUGACGAUUCCCGACGCUACUCAGACGCAGCAAUACGAAGGUCAUAGAAGGCACUGGGCGGAUUGCUCGAUGGACCAAUGGAAGCAAGACGGAAAAGAGCUUUAUGCCGCAUUCGAACAGGUCCUUGAACGAAUAACCGUUGGACUCGAGGAUGACAUGAACUCUAUUCAGUCCCUGAAAGUUCUUCUUGAUGCUCACCAUCAUUUCCUCGCUCGCCGUGACAGCACACUCGUGGAUGUGAAAAAGCUGAUACUCGGGGUCGCGGUGUCUGGACGGAUGACAAACCGGCACUUUGAAGGCGUCUGA